AUGCUGGAUUCUAAUUUGAAUAAUCAGAAUAAUGGCGGAAAUGGUGGUUGUAGUAGUAGUAGUAGUAGCAGUGGAACCGGUAAUCAUAAUCAUUAUCAUCUGCAACAACAAUAUCCACAUUAUCACCAUCACCAGCAGCAUCAACAUCAUUUGGUACAUCCACAACAACAACAACAUACCGGUCAAAUACCACAACACCAGCAACAACAACAACAACAACAAAGCCAGCAGCAGCAGCAGCAACAACAACAACAACAACAGCAGAUUACAAUUGGUCAAGGAAAAUAUAAACGUAAUGUAUUGGAACAGAUUCGUAAUUCCCUGAAACCAUUUGCUAAUGCAUCCGAUUGUGGCCAUCGUAGUAAUAGUGGUGGUGGUGGUGGUGGACAACAACAACAACAGUCAUCAUCAUCAUCAUCACCGGUACCAUUGGUACCACCACCA